CCUGCCAUCUCCCAAGGACAAAUCUCACAACUCAAGGCCCAAGUCAAGAGAGUCUGAAUGAAAGGUUGACUUUCUCCUCUAGUUUGACUUUCAUGGCAAUACUGAAAGAUUCAAACCGGACUGUCUUUAGAAAGAAAAUUUGUGCUGACGCCCGUUCAGCCUUUGUAAAAGCCUUUGACUGAAUUCACUGCAAGUCUGUCUGUCUGCCCUACAUGUACUGCGGAUUUUCUGUUUUGGCAUUUCAAUCACUUGGAACAACCAAAGUCUCAAGUUCUGGAACUUCUGGAUUUCAUCUAAAAUGAAUGCUAAUUUUAUGUCGAUGAGGAACAGUUUCUCUAUAAAAUUGUGAUGUCUUUAAGACUCUUGACUUGGAAAAGGACCACAUGGGAGAAACAAAUCUUUGAGAAGUUCCAGGACCUCCUGAUCUAGCAGCUCCUACCAUGUACCCCAACCCUCUCAUCUACUGUACCUGCUGGGACCCUUGGAACUUGGGACCACGGAAGCUAAUCAAGACCCCUCAGCCACCAAGCAAGACCUCCACAGGGAAGCCCAAGCUAACUCCUCUUCCUUCAGCUGCAAAAAAACAAAAUUGUGUCCAACCCACAGCAAAACCUGUUGUUGCCCCAAAAGUGAGAAAUACAAUUCCAACAAAAUUAGUACCCAGGAGCUGCACUCUGACCCUUGGAGCAGUUCAGAGAGGGAAACUCCAUUUAGGAAAACAAGAGGAGAGCAAGAAACCACCUUAUGAAGUGAUAAACGUGUCACCUGGUUAUCGCCUCAUUCGAAAUAGGGAGCAGAUUUCCGUCACCUUGGGAGAUGAAAUGUUUGAUAAGAAAAAGCGGUCACAAUCAGAGAUCAUGGACAGAGUCCAGAUUUCCAGGACUGAUAUCAUUACUGACCUGCAAGAGCAGAUCUCAGAAUUGACAGUGAUCAUUGAGCAAAUGAACAGAGACCAUCAGUCUGCCCAGAAAUUGCUCUCCGAUGAAAUGGCUGUCCGCUGUGCUGAGAUGCAGCAGAACUUCGAAAACAAAAACAGAGAGCUCAAAGAGGCUCACGCAGCAGAGCUCAGUCAUUUGGAGAACAACUACAAAGCCACACUGAAGGCAGAGAAGCUGGCUGCCCAAGAAAAACUAGAUGAAAUGGGAAAGGAGUAUAAGUAUUUGAAGAAUAUGUUUCAUAUGUAUCAGGACAGCAUUUAUGAUGAAAUGGAAGAUAAGUGGUUGAAGAAGAAGGCAGAAUGGGAGAAGGAUGAGAAGUUGGAGCGGGAAAAGAUCCUGCUACAGCAAAAACAUAAUAUGACAAAAAGGUUUGAGUUAGAGUCAGAAGAAGCAAAGAAGAAAAUAAAUGACUCCUACAGUACCGUCUUUGAGAACUUCAAUCGAGAGAAGGAGGAGCUACUGAAACAACAUGAAAAGGACACCUUGCAAUUAGAGGAGCUGAGAAAGACCAAACAGGUCAUGGAGGAAGAGUUGAAUGCACAAUCUGUUAUCUUAGAAUCACUUAACACAACCCUCUACCAAACCCAGAUGGAACUCCAGAGAGAGAAAGCUACAGUGGGAAAUCUGGAGAAAACACUCCAGACCAAGCUUGCCGAGACUGAAGAAAAGUUUAAAUACACCAUACAGCUUCUGACAGAAGAAAACAUUCAUCUAAGGCCCAACCAACCUUACCAAAGAAGCGAAUCCUGGGACCCUCACAGUGGCAGCAGCUUCUUCACAGACCCCUGUUUCCUGAUGUUUCUAAAGAAAGAGCUUCAGAAGAACUGA